CUUAAUCACAUUGCUCUCAUGGCAUAAACACGACAGUGUUUGUUCACGAUCAUAUGCAGAGGGUAUACACCAGUGGUAUAUGCAUGGCAAAACAACGUCUGACUUCACGCCUGUGGCGAUAAUACCAUUUUAAUGGAUCAGUGAACCGCCCACAAAGCGUUUUCAUACAUUCGGAACGAUUCGCGAGCGUCUGGAGCACAUUUGAAUCCAUGUAUGGCGUAGAACAAUGUUCAAAUCAUGAAAUUGGUAUCCCAUUAACCACUAAUGCCUGUGAAGGCGGGCGAUUACGUUGCAGAAUGGGUGCGUUUACAUGUGCUAACCAGCAUGAAAAAGGGAUGCCCGAUGAAGUAGUCAACUGCGUUCGAGCUGCUUGGUCCUCAGAAUGUUCUGGCGAAUACAUCAACCUGCGUAAAGAGCGGGUGCAGCUUAAGCAGCGACACUGGACACACCAAGCUUUAGCAUCUAGAGGACGGAGAAUUCAAGGUUUUGCACAUUUCUUGGUGUCCCCGAUUCGCCUGCGAACCUUUCUAGAGAAGUCAAAGAAUCUACCAUUUAUUGUUCAUCCGCCGUCCUUAGUGGGAGGUAGGACUACUUCCCGCUUCUAUGAGUCCGGCAUGGGGAGAUCGUGUGCUGUCAGCAUCUCGAUGGUUCCUCACAUAAAUACCAGGCCAGAGUUUUUGUCACUCAGUAUCUCUUUCAAUUCAAUCAUGGUCAACACCACUCCUCCCGCCAACCCAAUCCCUGUUUCGCCAUCCCCUGCCGAAGUUCUGGCACGCCUCUUUCCUACUCCAGCACUCCCUGUUACGCUCGGCGUCACAAAGACGUCUGGUAUCAAAGAUCAAAGUAGAGUUCAAUUGCACAAGUAAAGCUAGAGUCUGCAGGCCCUGGUCUGCGUAGGUCAAGUUAAGGAAUACAUGCGAUAAGUAAAGG